UUAAGUUACAUAUAUAUACACAUGACAGCUGUACGUAAAAUUCAAAAAAUCAAAUUCAACGUAUUAGAUCGGAAGAAAAAAUAUACGGAAAUUAUACUAUACUAGUUGUUGGAGGAAAAAGCUUAAAAAUGAAAACAGUUAUUACACCAGAGGUGGAUAUGCUGUUGGUGGCGCGCAGUUCACAAAACCAACGAAAAGCGAUCAUGAAUUUCGCGCCACGAAUUGGUCUUGCUGUGGUGGACUAUGCUCGCCUCGAUGAAAUCGAUCGAUUCUAUAUUGACUGUCAAAACUUUCGCGAUUAUUACCGAGACCCGUAUUCUCAAUUGCACCUUCCAAUCGCCUUUAAGAAGCACUAUGGCAAAUGCGGUCAACGGACCACAGACAAAUGCAUUCAAUUGUUUACGAAACCAACUGAAUGGGUUCGCGAACGUCAACCUGUCAUAUACCCUGUUGAAUACGGACGUCAAUUAAAUUUAGAUGAAGGCAUAAAAUUGGGCGGGCUUUACGAUGUCACGUCAUGCAUCAAGUAUAAACGUUAA